AGUAUCGAAGAAAAGUCAAUUAUGACGGUCAAAGGCCUAAGUUGAGUGUUUUCGUUGUCACAGUGGGAAAAGUGCUGAAAUUCCAAUUGGUUUGGAUACAUUUCAUCCACCAUGCACCUUUUGUGUUCUCCUAAAUAGAAGUAGUUGGAGUAUUAUGAUGAAAAAGGCACCAUUGGGGCAGCUCCCUGGUAAGUAGUCGCUCGAAACCAACCCUCCAUUUUGCAGCUCAGACGGGAGAAUACGAACGACUUCGACGCAUCAUGAACGCGAAAUCCUUUGUUGAUUUCAUGACGAUAACUGCAACGCCGGGUUCCGAGCUGCGCACGCACAAGACUCAAUCUAAUCCGGUUGUUUACCCAAGGCGCGAACGCAAACAGAGACAAUCUCGAGAUUUCGAUAUCGCACUCGCUGCCUGAUAAAAUGUCUCCCGGCCGCUAUCCAGUAAAAAAGAUAGCGCAAGCCAGAAACCUUCCUACGGUUCGUCUACGCGGAAAACGAAGGUGGCCACCACUGCAGAGUGCUUGUUGUUGUUGGCGUCGAUAAAAAAUGCGGCGCGGCUGAUAAGGGGCCACAGCUCGUGCUUGCGUUCAUACAAUGAUCUCUCCGCCGCCCGGGCCCCCCGUCCAAUGGGACCGCCCGCUCCCUACCUAUCGGGGCUCAGACUGAUAACAGAAUUUACAUUAUCGUUGCUGCCGACGUCGCCACUCGACAUUAAAAUUGCGGUCGUAAAAAGCAAAAAUGCACGCAUUAUUCGAUUAAAUGAGAGCGCAACAGGGCGGCGUAUUGCGGUGAUCUUCAAGGAAGCGAAACCAAACAGUUUGCGGCCGCAGAUAUUCAAAAGACUUCAAUGCCGCGGUCUCCGUCAAACAUCCAAGACGAGUUGAAUUGAUUGGAGCGAGCAAAUCGGCCGAAACAUCAGAUCGGAGUCAUCGUUUCUGGUUCAUUUGCUGGAUCAAAUCUGGGCGAGGAAGCAGUCAACCAUGGCCAGCCAUUGAGACGACCGAUCGUGUGUGAACUAUGACGACUUCAGCGAAGGCGACAGCAAUUAGGACCAGCUCGACUCGGAUUCAACUCGAUGCGAUUUGUAUGAAAUGUUGAAGUCACCGUAGGUCGCCCUUCCACAGCGCUGACCUAUUUCGACCGCAGCGGCAUUAAAAUUCAACCGAAAUGUAAAUCGAUUGUCAGGGAACACAAACAAGGAGACGUACACGCUUACUUCGAAUCGAUUUUUUCUUUCUCGGUGUACUGAAUACAUUAAGCUGUUUCAUCUAUAAUACUUGCAUGAAUAAUGAAAAGCGACAAACGGUCUUCUUCUAGUUGUAGUUUAGUGUUUUUCAGAAUAAAGUGAACAGACAAAGCCAAAUUAAAUCAUGUAACCUUUCACGUUUGGGGUAAACAUGGUAGAGGUGCUGGUACAAAAUGUCGUCUCUGAACGCAACUCUGCAAUAUACGUACUAACAAAAUACCUUCUAUUCCGAUUUAGUAGUAAAAUAAUCCAAUUGGUAGCGGUAAAUGAAUAAAGUAAAAAUAGUAAAUAAUGCAGAAAUGCUAUCAGACUUGAAAGAAACUAGCCAAAAACAAUAAAACCAACAAAUAGUGCUUUAGUGGUUGGUGGUGGUGGUGGAAGUAACUAAAAUAGUUCUAACCAGAAUUUCUAGAAAUACCCAGUAGUUAAUAAAAUUCACAAACGAAAUCAUGCAACGAAAAUCACGUAAAUCGGACAGCGCAUCGUCAUCGAUAACAGCAAACUCAACAACUAGCGAUAGUGGGAUUCUAUUAUCAGAUGCGGCCUCCGAAAACACGAGUAUUGGAUCUCCUGAAGCUGGGCUUCUAGUUAUCGAAGAUCCGACGGGACUCCCAACAAGCAUAAAAAGGUCAUCGUCAAUUUCAGAGUGUAAAAGUGAAAUCCCUUUCGUGGUCCGCAAAGCGCGGAAAACACGAAAACCACGAAAAGAGUACGUUUGUAGCGUCUGUGAAAAGCAGUUUCGCGGGUCGAGUGAUCUGCAUAAGCACGCACGAACUCACACGGGCGAACGACCCUAUGGGUGUGACAAGUGUCCUAUGCGUUUCAAGCAAACAGUCAGUUUAAAGAAUCACAUUGCAUCGAUCCAUGGGACUGAUCAAAAGUUCUCCUGUGAUCAGUGCAAGAAGUCAUUCCCGCUUAAGGAACGAUUGAGACUACAUAUGCGUAUUCAUUCGGGAGAGAAGCCGUAUAGUUGUUCGCAGUGUCCGAAGACGUUCGCUAGGGGUGGACCGCUUCGUCAACAUAUGUUCUCCCAUCAUGCAACUAAAAAGUUCAAAUGUCUUGAAUGCCCGGCUUCGUUCACAUCACUCAAUCGACUACGACUUCACAUGAAAAUUCACUCGAAUGUCCUCGAGAAACGUCUCGGUGUCGUAUCCACCGGGAAAGGGAAAGAAUUCCACUGUAAAAUUUGCAAUAAAACACUAAAGGGUCAUCUCCUUCAGCACAUGAAAAGCCACGAAAAUAUCCGCUCGCAUGUCUGCAGUAUUUGCAAUUUACAAUUUUCACAAAAAUCACAUUUGAACGUUCAUCUGCGAAUGCAUUCAGGGGAGCGACCCUAUCGAUGUCGGGUUUGCUGGGAAGCAUUCGGCCACUCGAGCGUCCUAAAACUGCACAUCCGCAAACACACCGGUGAGAAACCUUUCAAAUGUCUAAUCUGCACAGAAUUUGGUGUGGCUUUCUCACAACUUCCACAUCUCAAAAAUCACAUGAAAGUCAUUCACGGCAAGGACAAACCCUACAUAUGUGAAGCAUGCCAGGAGUUUUUCAAAACCAAAAAUGAUUUGAAAAUUCACAUGGAUUCAGAGUGCCUGAAAGCGAACUCCGACGAAUCUCUACAAAACAUUCAAAACGAAGAAGAGGCUUCUCUGUCACGACUGCGUCUUCUUGUAGCCAUUCUAAUCAAACGAAUUUCGACGGAGGAUCGUCUAAAGCAGCUGGGCUUCGAGAAACGGUUGAUCGACAACGUUAUUGUCAGCGCUUUGAAGAUGGCAAAACGUCAGUUUUAUGAGGACGAAAAAAUGAAUGAGAUCGAUCGCUUCCGGCUGAACAUCGAGGAAUUUCUUGAGUGGACGUUGCCUGAGAAAUUCAUGACUGAAUUCAGAGCUGAACAGAAACCUAUUGAAGACUUGCUGGAUAAGCUCGUGUCGAAAUAUCCCAAUCCGAACGGUGAAGUUGCAGAAAAGGGCGUGAAUGAGGAGUAGAAUGUAAAUUAAUGUAAAUUUUCCCGCUAACAGAUGUCCACUAACAACGUGCCAUUUUUUCAAUUCUUGCCUUUUGAGCACCUUUCGAUAGGGAACUACCCAACUAACUCUAACCAUUUUAGCUGUACCACUAACAACAGACUUUCCAAAGAAACACUGUAUCAUUUGUAUCCUCUCCCAUAAGCUGUAACAAUGCCUUCUUACCUUGGGUAACGUGUGGUGAAGGGACAUAAAAUUGUCAAUUUUCGUACAAAAACAAAACUAAACCAAUUUCGAAUGCCAAAAACUACGCUAAAGUGAAAUCAAACACCUUCAAUCAAUUACCUCCUUUUCGUUCGGUGUCUAAAUGAAUGUGGAAGCGAAAAUUACACUAAAGCUCCCAUUUUUCCCGAAGGAGGUGACUAAGUGAAAUCGAAUUAGUUUUCAUUUUUUAGGGAAGAAAUCUAUUUGGAUUUCUUCCACUUAUUUCCUGGAAGCUAAGUAGAAACUUUCUAGUCGAAGACUUUAUCAAAGUAGCUUUAUAUAAUCAAACAUUUCCUAGAUUAAUUUUAGUUUCAUUAUUUUCCUAGAUUUCAUCUGAUCAUUGCAAAGUUGAAUUAACGAUUCUUGCCAUAAUAUGAAUUUUUCUAAAUAAACGCCAAAAAUUUAAUGUAAAUUUAAUAUUUAUAUGACUUUAUAGCAAUAAAAAUUAAUUUCAUCGAAU